AUGCUGGGUGGCCAAACGCCAAUGGUCCGGACAUCUGUGUCAACAGUUACCACUAAACGGUACCAUGUCGCAAGAAAUCAAUCGCCUUCGCGUGAAGGCAGAGCAAAGCCAUGAACAAGAAAGGUCUAGCGCUCUUCUUGAGGGCCAGAGUCAGACCUCCUCAUCCUCCUCUUCCUCCAAAUCAAGGUCGAUACCCCGACUCCCCUCCAUCUCAAUCUCUUCCUCUUCCUAAUUCCAACAUGGAUCCAUCUCUCUCCAAUCAUCAUCGAGCAAACAACAUUUCACCGAGUUUGAUGUUGAAGGAUGUCAAGGAUUGGAUGCAUGCUUCCAUGUCUAUACCUGCUCAUAAAAUUGAACCUGUGGAUACAAACCUGGAGAACUUUUUGCAGGGUUACUUGGGUCUUGCUCAAGAAGAUCGAAGAGAAUUGAUUCUUGUGCUCGCAAAAGAUUAUGAUGUUAACAGGACACGAGUUCGUGAUCUGAUGCAGCAGUAUCUCAGCCUUGAGCCCCCUCAUGCAUUGAAUGAUGGGCAUUCUAGUGGCCCUGAAGAAGAAGGAAUUCUCUCUGCUUUCUAUAGAACUGAGAGGAAUCUGCGGGAUGCCAUCAAGCCUAUGUAUGCUCUUUUCUUUGAAAGGCUUAAUGCAUACCCAGGUGGAUUGAAGCUAUUGGUUGUUCUUCGUGCUGAUCUUCUUGCCAUUUUGGCGAAGGAAAAUAUACCAUCUUUGAGGGCAUUAGAUUCAUUUUUGAAGGAGAAACUCAUAACCUGGCUCAGUCCAGCAUCCUUGGGGCUUCACCACAUAACAUGGGAUGAUUCAGCAUCAUUAUUGGAGAAAAUUGUAGCAUAUGAGGCAGUUCAUCCAAUAAAAAAUCUACUAGAUUUAAAGAGAAGACUGGGUGUAGGCCGUCGUUGCUUUGGAUAUAUGCAUCCAGCAAUAUAUGGUGAACCACUCAUUUUUAUUGAAGUUGCACUUCUGAAGGAUGUGGCUGUCUCUAUUCAGGAUGUCUUAUGGGAUGAACCUCCUACCCCUGAAUGCGAAGCCUCAUGUGCGUUGUUCUAUUCCAUAACAUCAACUCAGCCAGGUUUAGCAGGAAUUAAUCUGGGCAAGUUUCUUAUUAAACGUGUAAUCGAGCUGAUAAGGAGAGAGAUGCCUCAUAUCACGACAUUUGCAACCCUCAGUCCAAUCCCAGGGUUUAUGCAAUGGCUUCUUUCCAAGCUGGCUUCUCAAUUUAAGAUUGGUAAGACAGAGACUGAGGAUGCAAGUACCUUGUCACAUAUGGGAUUUGGUUCAGUUUUUAGAGAGAACAUCCUUCUUCCUGAAGAAGAAAAGAUGAUAGUCGACUCCUCUGUGGGAUAUGCUGUUGGAAAUAGUGGUUUAGAAAUAAUGAAGAACUUACUAGCAUCAACGAACAAUGAAUGGAUAAAGUCUGAUUGCUUGUUGAAGGCCCUGAAGCCUCCUCUUUUGCGUUUAUGUGCCAGGUAUCUGCUGAAAGAGAGAAAACGAGGAAAAGCUCUUGAUCCUGUUGCCAAUUUCCACUUACAAAAUGGAGCAAUGAUUGAGAGGAUAAACUGGAUGGCAGAUCAAUCAGAAAAAGGGCUCCAACAAAGUGCUGGACUCAUGGUUAAUUAUGUAUACAGAUUGGAUCAUAUUGAGGAAUAUGCUGAGUUAUUUAUCAAUGAGGGCCGCAUCCAUGCUUCCCCUGCACUUCAACAAUAUGUGAAUAACAAACCAGGUCCGCAAGGUUGGAGUGAGGAAAUUGACCCUGAAAAUCAGCAUAAGACAUCCAAGUAUUAUCAUUGAUAAGAUGGUUUUGACACCACACUAACCCCUGAUGGUGGGGACAAGUAUUGGGGCUUAAGUCACGAACCUGAACAAUUUGCUUUGGAAUAAAAGACGGCUCAAUAGAGAAGAAGUGCUGUGGCAAUUCAUGUGAGACAUGAUGGGAACCCACCAAUUUUUUCAAGAGAGAUGUGAAAAACUAGAUGCAUCUUGGACCCCAAGGGUAGCUGCAGUUUGUGCACAAGUGGACUAAUUUUCUGGAGGAUUUUGAAAGGCCCAUAGUAUUUAUGAGCGAGUUUUGCUGACGAUUGAUGCUGAAUGGAGAAAAAUUGAGCCCCAUAUGAUUCAUCUAGUAAUUCUUGGAGGACAGGAAUAGGAUAUUUAUUUUGUAUUGUGGCCUUAUUAAGCUCCCUAUAGUCAACACAGAACCUGCAACUUUGAUUUUUCUUGCGAACCAAUAAUAAUGGACUAGCAAAGGGACUAUUGUUGGGUUGAACAAUCCCAAAAGCUAGCAUUUCAGCAACCAACUGCUCAAUUUCAUCUUUCUGGAUGUGACCAUACUGAUAUGGUCUACUAUUGAUGGUUUUGAUUCCUUCUUUAAGAAGAAUUGGUGGUAUGUAGGUCGCCUUGGUGGAAGGCCAAUGGAUUCUUCAAAUAUAGCUGCAAAUUCUUAGAGCAACUGAUGUAAAUCUGCAGAAAGAAUUGUCGAGGUGGCAAUAGUGCUGCCAACUUCACCCAAAAUCGAGGACCACAAGAGUGAUGUAAACUCGACAUCGUAUAGACGGUGCAAAGAAUGACAAGAAAUACUCGAAUUGGAAAGUGAGGGAUCCCUGAGAUUUGCACGUAAUCCCCAUUGUGAGUGAUUGCAAUUGUCAUUUUGGACCAAUUGACCUUGACAUCCCCCAAGGUUUGUAUGCGAUAAUAGAAAAAAGAA